GUUUUCUUUAUCAUUUACAACUUUAGUUAAAGAGGCGGAGACUGAGACUGAGAGAGAGAGAGGUAGUAGGUGUUUAGGGUAGAGAAGCAAUGACAAUGGAGAAAAGGGGUGUGUCAGUGUGCAUGUUAAUGUUAAUGUUGAUGUUACUCUCAUUGUCUUCAAUGGCGCCGAGUGUUUCUGCUGCAUCAACAACAAGGAAGUUGGUGCCUCAGAAUACCAAAUUUGAGUAUUACAGCGAGAGACUCAGACGAAAUCUGCUCGCCAAUGGGCUUGGUUCGACUCCUCCCAUGGGGUGGAAUAGUUGGAAUCACUUCGGCUGCAAAAUAGAUGAGAAAAUGAUCAAAGAAACUGCUGAUGCUGUGAUCUCUACUGGUCUUGCUAAGCUUGGAUAUACCUAUGUUAAUAUAGAUGACUGCUGGGCGGAAAUAGUUCGUGAUGUCAAGGGUAAUCUAGCGCCUAGGAACUCAACAUUUCCAUCUGGCAUCAAAGCUCUUGCAAACUAUGUUCACAGCAAGGGUCUUAAGCUAGGAAUCUACUCAGAUGCUGGGUAUUAUACUUGUAGCAAAACUAUGCCUGGGUCACUUGGUCACGAGGAGCAAGAUGCCAAAACAUUUGCUUCAUGGGGUAUUGAUUAUUUGAAGUAUGAUAACUGUAACACUGAUGGAUCGAAGCCAACUGUUAGAUACCCAGUAAUGACCCGAGCACUAAUGAAAGCAGGCCGCUCAAUCUUUUUCUCGCUUUGUGAAUGGGGAGACAUGCAUCCCGCUCUAUGGGGGUUUAAGGUAGGAAAUAGCUGGAGAACUACUAAUGACAUCACUGAUACAUGGGAAAGUAUGCUCUCCAGAGCAGACAUGAAUGAAGUAUACGCAGAGCUUGCAAGGCCUGGUGGUUGGAAUGAUCCCGACAUGCUUGAGGUGGGAAAUGGAGGGAUGAACAAGGAUGAAUAUAUAGUUCACUUUAGUAUAUGGGCUAUUUCCAAGGCUCCUCUUCUCCUUGGUUGUGAUGUGAGAAACAUGACAAAAGAGACAAUGGAGAUUGUUGCCAAUAAAGAGGUCAUUGCUGUUAACCAAGAUCCUCUAGGUAUACAGGCCAAAAAGGUUAGGAGUGAAGGUGAUCUUGAGGUUUGGGCAGGGCCUCUUUCAGGCUAUAGAGUAGCUCUGCUCCUUGUCAACCGUGGUCCUGGGCGUCUUCCAAUUACAGCUCUCUGGGAUGACAUCGGAAUUCCUCCAAACAGUGUUGUAGAAGCAAGGGAUCUUUGGGAGCACAAGACAUUGAAGACACGAUUCGUUGGAAACUUGACAGCCACCAUGGGCUCUCAUGCAUGCAAAAUGUACGUGUUAAGGCCAAUUGCUUGAGGACCAGUGGUCAAUCACAAAUAAAUUUGCUUUGAGAAUGCGAAGUACAUGAUGUCAUGGGUCUUUUCUAUUGUUAAUCCUCUCAAUGCAGAGUUACCCGGUGACAUAGUGAGAGUUUAAGAUUUACAACUGUGUUGUUAUUCGACAAGUAACAAUAUAAUAUGUUACACUACGUAUUUAUUCUGUAUUUUAUGUUAUUGCGGACCACAUUUAUUUAUGGGAAAGAUGUUAUUUUUAUC